AUGAAUCUCCAUAUAAACCAGCAGCAGCAGCAGCAGAAAAAACAGACCAAAAGCGAAACGAAAUUGGCAAAGUUCCGGCACAAGCAAAGGUCCUAUACUACAGUUCUCUUGGGGAUUGGAUGUUCACCUAGUGAUAGCAGUCUUUUGGAUACCUUCUAUACCGUUGAGGUCACCGUAUCGCAGAGGUGUCACGGUCACAGCCGUGCUGGUCUUCAAUUCUCCGUCGGUCGAAUCCAUCGUUUGUGGCGCAAAGUCAACUAUCCCGAACUUGUUGGUAAAGAAGUUCCAGUUUACUUGGCUGCUGUCAUGGACUAUUGGGCGGCUGAAGUUCCUGAAUUGACUGGCAACGCUGCUCGUGACAAGAAGACAACAAUUAUACCCCGUCACUCGCAAUUGGCUAUCCGCAAUGACUAUGGCGAAACAAUUAAUGGUGGCCUUACAAAGAAACGUGCGUUCCUGUGUGUACGUGUAUAG